UGUCCAGCUCCUUCAGGAAACAGAUCGACAAUUUUGUCCCUCUUGUUCCUUAUCGCGCAAGAAGAGUUUAUUUUUAUUUAUAUUUUUUUCUCGGAGGAGAUUUUUUGGACACUUGGGCCACGCUGGACGCGGAGCAGGACCCACGCAGGAGGCAGAAAGCGGACACCGUGUUCUUCGUUUGCGGUUUUAACAGGAUGGAGCCAGCCUUCGGAGAGGUGAACCAGCUCGGCGGUGUUUUCGUCAACGGCAGACCGCUUCCCAACGCCAUCCGGCUCAGGAUAGUGGAGCUGGCCCAGCUCGGGAUUCGACCCUGUGACAUCAGCAGGCAACUGCGCGUGUCCCACGGAUGCGUCAGCAAGAUCCUGGCUCGAUACAACGAGACCGGCUCCAUCCUCCCGGGAGCCAUCGGAGGCAGCAAACCGCGCGUCACCACACCCACCGUGGUCAAGCACAUACGGACGUACAAGCAGAGGGACCCGGGGAUUUUUGCCUGGGAGAUACGGGACAGACUACUCGCAGAUGGGGUUUGCGACAAGUUCAAUCUGCCAUCCGUCAGCUCCAUCAGUCGGAUCCUGCGCAACAAGAUCGGGAAUAUGUCCCAGCAGAACCAUUACGAGUCCGGCAAGCAGGCGCCACACCCGCCGCCACAACCGACGAUACCUUACAACCACUUAUACUCAUAUCCGACCUCCAAAGUGCCGACUCCCCCCGGCAUGCCCACCCUCCCCGGACACAUGGCCAUGCACAGGAUAUGGCCCUCCUCGCACUCUGUCACAGAUAUUCUGGGGAUUCGAUCCAUUACAGAGCAACAAAUUAGUGAUACGCCACCGUUUCCCAGCGCCAAACUAGAAGAAUGGAGCGCAAUUAACAGGACUAAUUUCCCACCGGCGGGUUCUGCACUAAUCAAUGGCGUGGAUAAACCACAUUUAGAACCUGACUCUAAAUACACACAGACGCCGACUGGAUUGCCCACAGUGAACAGCUAUGUCACGGCACCCAGCAUCCCUCCCUACCACCCUCACACCCAAGUGUCACCCUACAUGGGGUACAGCGCCACCACGUCGGCCUAUGUGAUCGGACCCAUGUGGCAGCCGGGCAGUGGCAGUGCUCUAUCUCCCCACAGCUGUGACACUGCCACCCCGCUGGCCUUCAAGAGCAUGACCGUCAACCGUGAUGUCAUUCAUCCAGUCACGGCCUCAGCACUGUGACACCGGCUCCGGAGCCAGACAGAAGAUGCGAGGAGGUCAUAUCGUGACGUGGGGGGGAUGUCCCCUCUCACUCUCACCGCCUCCUCUGCUUUAAGGACUCGGUCCCGGGGCCCAUAUUUGUGCUGUUCACCUCCACACACAGUGUGCCCCCCCCUCAUCCACAGGGAAUAAACACUCUGUCCAUUUUUACUACAAACUCAUCUUGUUGUCUGAAAGAACUUGCAGGACAGGUGAAGGACUGAUGCAGAUGAGGACAUUUUGCCAUCUGCCUUUACACUUUCUGCUGCAAACAUCUGCAAAAAAUGUCUUUGGGGCGAAACGGGGUAAUGUAUACAUUUUCUUUAAUAAACAAAGACGAGGGAAAGAGUUUGCAUUAGUGUUUCAGGGUGCUUAUUAACUGCUUUAAGUCAUUUUGUAUGCUUUUUGUUGUUUUUGAUAAAAAAAUGACUUGUCUAUUGGAGCAUUGUUUUCCCACUUUUCUAAAAAGAAGUUAAUGUUUAUUUAUUUGAUUUAAGGUACGUCGACUGAAGUGCAAUUAGCCUCACACGCAUAUAAUGGAAAUCUCCAUGCACAUUGAGACAAAAUUGGCAUCGGUCUUAUGUUGGGAGUUUAUAGCAUAAAAAAAAAAUAAACCUGAGCUGCACAUUUUCCACUGUUGCACAAAGAAAUUGAAUGUAUCUUAUUAAAUUGUUUGGCUAUUAUUGGUCUUGGUUGGUUUUGACACUUGUUUAGGGAACCUGUAAUAUAAAAGACAAAUGACAACUCAA